CCACGCUCCAGUGCAGCAGCUAUGUUUUUCAAGGGACCAGGGAAGGUGGUAAUGGUAGCUAUUUGCAUAAAUGGGUUGAAUUUUUUCUUUAAGCUACUUGCUUGGGUUUACACGGGUUCUGCAAGUAUGUUUUCAGAAGCCAUACAUUCUUUAGCAGACACAUGUAACCAGGCAUUGCUAGCUUUGGGCAUCAGUCAGUCUGCAAGGACGCCUGACCCUAGUCAUCCGUAUGGUUUCACAAACAUGCGCUAUAUUGCCUCCCUGAUUAGUGGAGUGGGCAUUUUCAUGAUGGGUGCAGGACUUUCUUGGUAUCAUGGGAUCAUAGGUUUACUCCACCCUCAUCCUAUAGAAUCUCUUCUCUGGGCAUACUGCAUUUUAGCAGGGUCAUUGGUGUCUGAAGGAGCUACCCUUCUGGUUGCUAUAAAUGAAAUUCGCAGGAGUGCUCGAGCCAAGGGUCUGUCAUUCUAUCAAUAUGUUGUGCAGAGUCGUGAUCCUAGUACAAAUGUGGUGUUACUGGAAGACGCUGCAGCAGUUCUGAGUGUGGCUGUAGCUGCUACCUGUAUGGGUCUGACUUCUUUAACAGGAAACCCUUAUUAUGACAGUGUGGGGUCUCUAGGGGUUGGAACUUUGUUAGGAACUGUGUCAGCAUUUCUAAUCUACACCAACACUGAAGCCCUGCUGGGACGAUCCAUUCAACCUGAACAGCUGCAGAGACUCACCGAGUUACUGGAAAGUGAUCCUGUAGUAAGAGCAAUUCAUGAUGUUAAAGCCACAGACAUGGGAAUGAGCAAAGUGAGAUUCAAGGCAGAAGUAGACUUUGAUGGAAGGGUUGUUACUCGUUCUUACCUGGAAAAACAAGACAUUGAACAGCUGCUACAAGAAAUUCAACAAGUGAAAACCCUUGAAGAAUUAGAAGCCUUCAUGCUUAAACAUGGUGAGAAUAUCAUUGACACACUGGGAGCUGAAGUAGAUAGACUUGAGAAGGACCUAAAGCAACGAAAUCCUGAUGUUCGUCAUGUGGAUUUGGAGAUACUAUAGACUUGGCAGAAGAAAUCUUCAGGCUGCUACCGUUUUGGAAAGAAGUCGUGUAAAGGGCUGAAAAGCUUGUGAAGUUGCAGUGACCUCAGCACCGUACCUCACUUACUUUUGCAGUAGGCUUCCUGCACUGUUAGCACUGCUUCUGUUUCUGGAACAGCGCUAGACUCGCAGACAAAAAUUCCCAUGGCAAAAUCCAUUUUAAAAAGCUACAUGACUUAACUUCCACAGAAGAGUCUGUCAGUAUCUUUACUGCAAUUCAGAACUUAAGACUUGAGGUUUAGUUAGGCAAAUAUAGCUGCCUGAAAAUAUAUAGCACACUUAGUUUUUCCAUUUGUGUCCCUUUGCAGUCAGUUUGCACUUCUUUAAUUUCUUUCAAGAUAUCAUUAAAGGUUCUUGGGAGAUAUUAAGAUUAGAUAGAAAGAGUUUGUUCCAGUGGAACCUGCCAACCUUAAACUAAUUGUAAUAUUUCAACUGUGUGAUUGUUUCACAGUUUUUCUUUUCUGUGAGAUAAAUUCUUUAAAACAGGCACUGGCCUUCUCUCAGGUACCAUGACCUGGAAACCUGCUUUUUGCCACCAUGGUGAUCAACAACCACACUUCAGAAAAGUAAGGUUUUUCUCCUCAGUGGAGUCAGCUGUAUGUGGUUAGCCAGAGUACAUUCAGUUGCUGUGAAGAAAUUACUGUGUAGGAAGUUCACUGAAAUCUCUCAGUUUAAAUUUUGUUCUUUUUUCCCUACUUUGACGCUUACUCUCUUAUUUGUAUCUUCAGAUGUAAUCUGGAAGAUAUUUAUGGUAGUGUUUAUUAAAAGUUACCUGGUAUUUUUGGCUUUUUAUACCUUUAAUAGGCUGUAUUGCCAGAUAUGGCCUUUGCUAGAAGGUGUAAGAGAUGUAGUUGGAAGUUACAAUAGUAAAAAAAAUGUAUUAUUUAUAAUUAAA